AAGUAUGCCGUCUCCGCCAGUGAAAGGCAGCAAUGCGCCAAGUGGCGUAUAGUCUGCCGCAAAAAAGAAGAAGAGGGUUAAUGCGGAAGGAGAUAACUUGGUAAACUGAACACUUCGUGGUGGCUUAAAAGAAAGAAUUUAUUUAUUAGAUUUCAUGUGUGUGUGUCAGCUAUCUUCUGCAACAAGAUCAGAUAAGUGAAGUAAGUUGGAAAAUGGCAGAAAAAGGCAGAGCACCGCUGGCUCGGACGAUGCUGCAGCAGUGUUUGCAUGCCAGACUGCAGGUCCGAGAAGGGGAUGAACACUUGAAGGCUCAGUUUGUCCAGAUCAACAGAGGAAUGGUGAUCUACGUCUGCUUCUUCAAGGGGGCCACAGAGGAGAUCUUACCUAAGAUGGUGUCCACACUGCUAAACCUGCAGCUGUGUGAGCUGCCUUCUGGAAAAAUGACUUCUGUGUUGGAGCUUCCUGGUAGUGUGCUUAUUAUCCCUCAGGCCACACUGGGUGGAAAAGCCAAAGGCAAAGCCAUGCAGUACCACAAAAACAUAGGCAAAGAGGAUGGGCUGCAGCUCUACAGCACCUUUGUCUCGCUGUGUGAGAAAGAACUGAUGGCUGCCAUUGGGGUGACCGGGAGAGAAGCUGAGGUGACUGUCAAACAUGGAACAUAUGGAAACAGACAAGUGCUAAUGCUAGACACAAAUGGACCCUACACCCAUCUGAUUGACUUUUGAUAUUCUGUUUUUACAAGCAAAGCCAAAAAGACUGAUAAUUGAGGAUCUGGACAUAGUUUUAAUCAGUUAGGUUUAGGGUUGAUACGUGUAAAUAUUCAUUUUGUGUGGUCCUUUACAUUGAUGAACUAAAAAAAAGUUGUUUGGCACCUGCUGACAUGGAGAGCUUUGCUGAGAGGCCAAAAUUGCACCAUCUGUAGGCAGAAUCCCAUUUCAGAACUUUGAGCUGUGUUUGAUUUCUUUGAACAAAGUAUGCAUUGUAAAAAUGGAUCCCACAAGGAAAACAUAGUUUCAGACUAAUGAAUGAAGAAAUAUGGCAUUUUAUAAAGGCAUUAGAUUAUUAUGGUGCAUUCAUUAUUUUUAACUUUUCUCUAUGCAAUGCAGAAAGCAUGAAGCAUUCAUCUUUCUCUGGUUAAACACAGUAGCUUAGAUUUGUCAGAUAAAAAGCAAAUCUCUCAUUUAUAAGCCCGUGUUCCAAUUAGAUGUAUUUUACUUUCCUUGUGAUGUUAGAUGUCUUAACCCAUUCUUGAUAUGGGUUUGAUAUAAUUUAUCAUUACUACAGACAGCCCUGGGCUGGUGAUACUUCAUCUAGGUGUUUUCAACCAUAUACUAUAUCCAGGAGGAGUGACUGCUACAAGUCUCUGACAUGAUGCCAUCUCCUGGGUUUCCUUAGAUAGAAAAACUUUUUAUCCAAUUUGAAUAAAUAACUGAAUCUGACUGCACUGUUCAAUGGUUAGGAUUAAUUGGAAUGUAUGUACCUGACAUAGCGAAGUGCCUUGAAACGACAUGUGUUGUGAAUUGGCGCAAUAUAACUAAAACUGAAUUGAGUUGAAUUGAAUAGUUUUGUAACCAGAUGUUUACAUAAAUUAAAUAAAAAGACACAUACCAGAAUAAAGAGUAGGAAUCUUUCUAGA